AAAUGCAAACACACAUCUUCUUCUUCCUCCUCUCGCUUUUUUCUCUCUACUCUCAGUUUUCAACAUAAACCAACAAACAAACAAAAAAUAAUCAAAUCUUCUCUUCUUCUUCCUCCUUCAACGAGUUUUGCCAUUUUUCCGAUGACGACGCAUCUAAACAAGAAACCCAGGCUGGAGAAUCUCACGGUCAACCUCUUCGACGACUUACCCGACGAUCUCGUCAUCUCUAUCCUCCAAAAACUCAGCUCCUCCGCUUCUUCUCCCGCCGAUUUCCUCACCGUUCUCUUCACAUGCAAGAGAUUGAAUCGAUUGGGCUUGCAUCCUCUGGUUUUAUCCAGAGCCGGAACUCAAACCCUAGCCGUCACGGCGGCGAAAUGGUCCGAUUCCGCUCACAAAUUCCUUAGACUCUGCGUUAAUGCCGGAAACAUCGACGCCUGCUACGCUCUCGGAAUGAUCCGAUUUUACUGUCUUCAAAACCCAGUGAGCGGCGCGUCUCUGAUGGCGAGAGCCGCGAUUAAGUCUCACGCGCCGGCACUGUACUCGUUGUCGGUGAUUCAGUUUAACGGAAGCGGCGGUACCAAAUCCGAUAAGAACCUACGCGCUGGAGUCGCGCUAUGCGCGCGGUCGGCUUAUCUCGGCCACGUGGAUGCGCUCCGGGAACUCGGUCACUGCCUCCAAGACGGUUACGGCGUUUCUCGCGACGUCUCCGAAGGUCGUCGGGUUUUGAUUCAGGCCAACGCGAGAGAGCUCGCUUGCUCUCUACGCGCUUACCUCUCUCACAAAUCCGGUAACGAAAAACUAACCGAUCUCGCCUGCAGCGUCGGCGGCGGAGUAGGAGGAGUACCGGUUCAGGAGAUUCACCCAGUGAACCGGUUUUUGAAAGAUUGGUUUGAUUCGGGUCGGGUUGUUUUACUGGAUGGGUUAAGGAUGUGUUCUCACGGCGGAUGCGGGAGGCCGGAGACUCGGUGGCAUGAGUUCCGGCGAUGUUCUGUUUGUGGAAAAGUGAAUUAUUGCUCUAGAGGAUGUCAGGCGUUGGAUUGGAGAGCGAAGCAUAAGAUGGAAUGUGCACCGUUGGAUCUGUUGGUUGCUGAAGCGGCGGCGAUCGGCGACGGUGACGGUGAGGUGGUGGAGGUUGAGAAUCAUGCUGCUCGCAACAGAUGGAUGGGACACAUCUAUGACAUACCAAGCUGCUGCUCGAGCUUCUUCUGGUUGGGACAGUUUCUGGGUCGUCUUCUUGUGCUAUAAUGGCGUCUGGGACAAUGGGAGGAGGCGGAGGCUUGUCCGAGGUUUAUAGUAAUGCGAAAAAGAUUCUACUUAGGACUCGUUACGGAGUUGAGAGGUUCGAGUCAGCUCCUAUGGAUUCUCCCGAGCUAGCGUCUUCCGUGAAACGAGACAUUACUGAGCUCCAAUCUCUCUGCUCCAACAUGGACGCUCUCUGGCGCUCAAUCCCUGUCAAAUCCCAACGUGAUCUCUGGAGAAGAAAGACUGAACAAGUGGGAGAGGAGGCGGAGUAUUUGAACCAAAGUCUGGAAAAACACAUGUCGAGGAACCAGAGAAAGAUGUUGGAAGCUAAAGAGAAGGCGGAUUUGUUGGGAAGAGCGAGCGGAGAAGGAGCCCACAUUCUACAAAUAUUCGAUGAGGAAGCUCAAGCAAUGAACUCUGUGAAGAACUCAAAGAGAAUGCUCGAAGAUUCGUUUUCAAGUGGAGUUGCUAUACUCUCCAAAUACGCUGAACAAAGGGAUCGUUUCAAG